AUGAGUCGUUUCUUUUUGUCACUGGAAGCUCUCAAUGGUUCCGUGGACGAUGAGUGCUCCUCCCUUGACCGUCUGCGGCGGUUUGCCAGCAGCAAGAUGGCUUCGCAACGGGUGCUUGCUGCGGGGCUGUUGGUGGAGGUUCUGGCUGAAGGUGCAGCAGCAGCAGAAGGGUUUGACCUGCAGCAGCUGAUGCAGCAGAUUGCCCGUUUCGUGCCUUCUCAGCAGCAGCAGCAGCAGGUGCAACAGCAGCAGCAGCAGCAGCAAGGGCUGGAUGGGGACGGCAAGCACUCCAACAGUAGCAGCAGCAGCAGUAGCAGCAGCAGCAACAGCAGCAGCAGCAGCAGCAGCAGCAAGAAAGGUUUCUUUGGGUCUUUCUUCUCAGCCAAAUCCUUAUCUCGCAUGCUCUGGGGGCCCCAGGAGGGGGGCCCCCGAGGGGAGUGGGGGGCCCCCAGCGAUGACAGGGGCCCCCGGGGGGCCCUCUGCGCACGCGGAGGAGACAUCGCUGCCUGCAUCAUUCAGGCUGAUCCAGACAAUGGGUACAGUCGGGUGUGCAACGAGCUGCUGCCUUUCUUUGAAGGUUUGCUGCAUGCAGCAGCAGACAUCCACACAAUGAAGGCAGCAGCAGACGCAAUUUUGCUUAUAGGGACGCAUCUCAGGCCUUGCGACCGUUUGACUCAUUUGCUGCCAAUUGGCCUUCGCCUGACUGUCGUUGCAGCCGUUGCUGCUGCUGAUGAUGGUGCUGAUACAGCUGCUGAUGCUGCUGCUGCUGAUCGUGAGUUUGCUGCUGUUGCUGCUGCUGCAGAUGUGUCCUGGUCUGGUUGCGUCCGCCUGGCAGCGAAGCAGCAAGUUUGCUUCUUCUUAACAUCUGUUGCUGAGUUCUUUUCUCCUGCUGCUUCUUUUGCCGCGCUGCAGCAGCAUCAGCAGCAGCAGCAGCAGCAGCAAGCAAGUCUGCAUCAGGGCAGCCAGAAAGGGGAUAAACAUCGCUGUGAGCAGCAGAAGAAGCAGCAGCAGAAGCAACAGCAGCAGCAGCAGAAGCAGGAAGCACAACUGCAGCAAGGCGAGCAGCAGCAGCAGCAGGAGCUGCAGCAACAGCAGCAGCUGGAAGGCGAACACUGCCUCUCAGAAGCAGCAAGCCCGCAUUGUGCUAGUGACAGUGACAGCAACAGCAGCAGCAACAGCAGCAGCAACGGCGAACAAACUAGCGGAGAAGCAGCAGGGGGGAUGAGUGAUACAGCAGCAGCAGCAACACCAGCAGCAACAGCAGCAACAGCAGUAGCAACAGCAGCGGGGCCUCCCCCACAAGAUUUGCCGCAAGCGAACGACGGAGCUGAGGAAGACAGCACAGCAGCAGCAGCAGCAGCAGCAGCAGAUCGUUUGAAGCUGCUGCUGCAUGCAUAUUGCAGCUUGACGGAGUCGGAGGCAGCAGAAGAAGAAGCAGCAAACCUGGGGCCCUUCUCCUUUGGGGGUGCUGCACAAGGUGUUGCAGCAAAUAGCAACAGCAGCAGCAACAGCAGCAGCAACAGAAGCAGCAACAGCAGCAGCAACAGCAGUAGCAGCAGCAGCAAAAGACAGGAAGUGCUCCAGCAGCAGCAGCAGCAAGAACAGCAGCAGCAGCAAGAGCAGCAGCAGCAGCAGCAAGGAGGCAGCAGCGACUGCAGCAAAUGUGCAGAAGAGCGCUGCCGGCGAGAAGAGGAAUUUGCAGAUGCAGCGCGGCGUCUCCUAGAUGAUGAAAACGCUGUCAAGGGAUCGUACCGAAGGGUUUGCGGUGUAUGUACAGCACGCUGCAAUAAAGACGGCGGGUUUGCUGGCGCAGCCACUUCCUUCUUCUUGCCGACGGGAUAUCGUUUGCAGUUUGGCGUCUGCCUGCGACUCUUCGGGGCAUCAAUUCUCUCUUCGGCUGAUUGCAGCGCAGCAGCUGCCGCUGCUGUUUGA